AAGAGCGCAUCAAGCAAGGGAACAGGAGUGAGGUUGAUAGAGAUGCGCAGCAGCAUAUAAGAGUGAUUCAAUCCCCACUUCCCAAAAUGGCUUCCACACUCUGCUCCUCUUCUACUUGUGCACCAACACAAUCGUCCCUUUUCUCCUCCUUCACGCUACGACGUCGUUUGCCCCUCGUCGGAGCCUUUUGCAUGCUUAGUUUGGGACUCUCUAAUCUCUACACCCCCUUCUAUUCCUCUGCCCUCAAAACGGGGUGCGUUCUGUCUCUCUUGCGAUCAAAAUUGGGUGUCCGCAGCCACUCCGCCAUCAGAAUGGAAGCAAAUAGCACUACUGUCCCCAGCAUUGUUGUCUAUGUCACUGUUCCCAACAAAGACGCAGGUAAGAAAUUGGCUGAAAGUAUUGUCACGGAGAAGCUUGCAGCUUGUGUGAACAGGGUACCGGGUAUUGAAUCAGUGUACCAGUGGGAGGGAAAGAUCCAAACUGAUUCCGAGGAGCUUCUUAUAAUCAAGACUAGGCAAUCCCUUCUAGAGGCACUGACAGAGCAUGUCAAAGCAAAUCAUGAAUACGAUGUGCCAGAGGUGAUCUCCUUGCCCAUCACUGGGGGCAAUCUUAAAUAUUUAGAGUGGAUUAAAGAGAGCACAAGGGAGUGAAUAUAAAGUUUAUAUCCAGUGUUAUGGUUUCCAGAGUUCUGCUAUUGUGUGUUAAAUAAAUCCGGCGGCAUGUCAUCUAUGUAACUUGGCAAUGAGAAUAUUAUGUAAAGGAUGAUAUGGGGUCCGUCUUAUUGCAAAUGACUGUAAUGGGUUGAAUAUGAUGUUAUGUGAAUAGACCUUUUCUGUGACUUUAUUCGCAUUUGGCACUUC